CCACACAUUCACACAUAGCAGGUAUAGAUCAACAUUUAAUUUUCUUUGUUCCAUAUAGACAGGAGUCGAGCAAUGUCUUCAACAGGUACUCACACUGUGGUACUAAGUGAUCUUACGCCGCCUACGCAUCAUGGCCAUACAACACCAUUACACACCAGAAUCUCGUCAUCACCCAACACCGACACCAACGACAAUAGCACCACCACAAUUCCAGACGCAUCUAUCGAUGUGAACGCAUCAAUUGAAGGCGAGGAUACCACUUCAACCUCACUCGGGGUGGGCGUGCGCACCGCCGUCAUCAUUUUCCAACUCUCGGCCAUCAAUUUCCUGGCAUCUUUUGCCAACGGCGUCAUCGUAGUCGGUCUGCCGGCCAUCGCGCAAGACAUAUCCCUCUCCCAGGAACUCUACCUCUGGCCGAGUUCGAUCUACGGCCUGACGAGCGGGGCGGCGCUGUUGCUUGCGGGGUCCAUCGCCGAUGUCGUGGGCAGCCGCGUCGUGGACCUCACGGGCAUCGUCGCCGCGGGGGUGUCGACGCUCGCGUGCGGCCUGAGCAGGACGGGCGUGCAACUCGUCAUCUUCCGCGGCUUCAUGGGCGUCGCCAUGUCGAUGCACCUGCCCUGCUCGGUGAGCAUGGUCACGCAGACGGUGCCGAGCGGCAAACCGCGAAACAUUGCCUUCUCAUGCCUGGGGCUCAGUCAACCGCUGGGAUUCUCGUUUGGUCUUGUGCUGGGCGGCGUGUUUGUCGACACCACCGGCUGGAGAACGGGGUUCUACGUCCCCGGCGCGGCGAUCCUGGCGUUCGCCGCGUUGGGCUUCUUUGUGCUCGCUGCGCCAGACACCCUCACGGCGACCAAGGGGAAACUACACGGUCUCAAGACCAAGGUGGACUGGGUCGGAGCCAUUAUUGCGAGCGGUGGGCUGGCCAUGUUGUCUUAUGUCCUUGCGGUAUUGAGUGCAGAUAGCGAGAGCAUUGAGAAACCAAACGCCAUUGCGCUCUUGGUCACGAGCGUCGUCUUGAUGGCCGCAUUUCCCUUUUGGAUCAGGAUACAGGAGAGGAAGAGGCGUCCGGCGUUGAUCCCGAACUCGAUCUGGAAGAAUCGCGCUUUCACGAGCGUGUGUGUCACUGUGCUAUUGUCUACGGCGGUCAUGAACUCCAUGGAGCUCUUUUCCAGUCUGUUCUUCCAAGAGGUGCAGUCACUCUCGGCCAUCCAGGCUUCGCUCCGACUCCUGCCUGCACUCAUCUUCGGAACGGUUCUCAAUUUGUCCACGGGCUUGCUGGUCGACCGCCUCCCCGUCUUGUGGCUUGUGCUGGUCGCUUCGAUCUGCACGGCCGGGUCGCCGUUGCUGAUGGCCUUGAUCAGUCCGAGGUUGGACUACUGGCGGGGUGCGUUCUUUGCUCAGGUUCUCGAGCCGACGGCCGGUGAUAUUUUGUACACGGUCGGCCUGAUCGUCAUCAGCGAUGGGUUUCCGGAGCAGAUGCAAGGUCUGGCGGGCGCGGUGUUUAGCACGGUCAGCCAGUUUGGCAUCUCUUUGGGAUUGAGUACCAUGCAGGUCAUCUCCAACCUUGUCACCGAGGAGACGAAGUAUCGCGACAAGAGCUCUCCGCCGGCAUUGUUGAAGGGCUACCGAGCGAGCUUCUGGGCCAUGUUUGGUGCCAUGAUUCUAUCUUGUUUUGUUGCUGCAUUCGGUUUCAGGAAGGCCGGGAAAGUUGGAUUGAAGCGGGAGUGAAGGAGGAAGUGUUUUUCGUGCCUUGCUCCGUACGGCACUGAGUCGCUCUCCCCUACAAGACCCCCUUCUCUGGCUAAACUACUUACGAAUUUGACUGAACAGAGCGACGAUGCCCAGUACCACAAGCGCCACGUCUGGACCAUACGCUUUACCCGCCUGCAUUUGUAGACCGAGCCCAAGCGUAAAGAAUACGACGGACAGAGACGCGGCAAGGAGUCUAAGGACGCGACCUCCGAAGAGCAAGCUGACUCCUAUCAGUGUGUCCAUUAUGGGGGUGAUGGUGGCCGUCAAAGAUCCAUCGUCUGGGGCGUGACUUUCUUGGAACGCGUACCACUGCGGGGUGUAGACGCCGUGGGUGAAUCUGGAAAAAGCGCCGAGCAGGACGAUGGAUGAGAGGAUGUAGAUUGGUAAAUUGUCUGUCGGGGAAGGCAUUUUUGACGUGACGAUAAAGUAAUGUGGUUGUUGGUUAAAAAAUGUCUUUAGAUGUAGCUCGAUGAUGAUGCCGAUGAUCUAAAGGGAGAAUGCGUAAGGACGACGAAGAUGGG